AAACAUUAACAUUAAUAUUAAGGGUUAAUGAAACACAUUAAUUAAUGUCAUUAAUUAAGUCCCGUUAAAUUAAAUGGCCCACCCCUACAUGUAAUCAAUGGUGAUGGUUUUGUUUUUAUUAUCACAUUCAAUGUUUAAUCUUUUUCUUUUUUUAAGGUCUUACACGAACAGCUCAAUCAUCUAGUGAUAUUCCAACAGCAGUAGCAACGGAACGAAUAUCACCACAUAACGAAGAAAUUAAACCAGCAGUAUCACAGGCUAAAACAACAACUUCUAUGUUACAAACAUAUAAAUGUGAAGCACAAGAACGUAUUAAAGAAUUAAAUAAUAAAUUACAACAACAAGAACAUAAAUUAAAAGAAACACGUGAUAAAUUUACUGCUUAUCAAAAAUUUGAACAAGUACAAUUAGAAUUAGAUGUUAUUAAAGGUGAAAUACAAUUAAAUCGAUCAAAUCAAGUAGAAAAUGAUAUUCAACAAAACAUUGAUAAUGAACAAACAAUUAAAAUGGAACAAGCAUUAAUUAAAUUACGGGAUUUAUCAUUAAUUAAACAAGCUGAAAAUAAUACAUUAAAAAAUGUGCAAAUCUCGGAUUUUAAUCCGAGAGUUAUGUGUACUUCAAAAAGUGAAUGA